CCUGCAUUUUUUUGGGAGUGUUAUGGAAGACACAGAUGUGAGAGAGCACUGGCCAAUGGUGAGCAGAGGGGGGCUGGAUUAGACUGCACUCUGGGUGUCCCUUCUUUUAAGACUCCUGUUCCCCCGUCUAAUUUACAAUCUUCAUAUGGCUGGGUUUAGGGACAGGAGCAGGUUUCCAACCACCAUCAUUCACACCUGAGAGCACUCAGACUCUGUUGCCUGCCAUUUUGAAGAACAACACAAUUUCCUCUUGACUUGAUAAUAUAAUACACGCAGAGAGAGAGAAGGAAAGCAUCCAAGUGUGUGAUUGUGGGACACCAUGUGGGACGUUACAAAAGUGUCACUACUCCUGUCUUUCCUGGUGGCAGUGGCAGCGGCUCAAGGGCCCUUCAGGAACAGCUCUCUGCUCAGGAAGUGGAGUCAGACAGACAGGAGCAGGAAGCUGGCCUACAACUUGCUGACUGAGCCACAGCAGACCACAGGCAUGACUGAAUGGACGUCCUGGUUCAACAUCGACCAUCCAGGGGGGAAUGGAGACUACGAGCGGUUAGAGGCCAUCCAGUUCUACUACAGGGAGAGGGUGUGUGCCCGGCCGGUGGCCAUGGAGGCCCGCACCACGGACUGGUUGGCAGCAGCAGAGACCGGGGAGGUGACUCACUCCAGCCUGGAGAAGGGCUUCUGGUGCAUCAACAAGGAGCAGCCCUAUGGACGCAUCUGCUCCAACUACUACGUCCGCUUCCAGUGCCCACCAGUUCAGGCCUACUGGAUGGACUGGUCUGCCUGGGGCCCCUGUUCUGCUACAGCCUGUAAUGACGUGGGCAUUCAGGUCCGUCAGAGGAAGUGUAGGAGCAUCCAGCCCAUGCCCUUGCUACUGGUUCCGCCAUGCCAGGGGCCCCAGACAGAGAGGAUGGAGUGUGCCACCCUGCCAUGUGAAGCCAAGUGGACUCAGUGGGGUACGUGGGGAGCAUGCUCAGUGACCUGCGGCAAGGGUCGCAGGAUCAGAAGGAGGACCUGUGUGAGAACCUCUAUAACAGUGCAGUGUGUUGGACGAGCAGCUGAAAUCCAGAAAUGUGGGAAAUAUCCAUGCCCGACCAAAUGUAAGCGUGAGUGUCCUGAUGGCCGUCCCAGUGAGGACUGUAGCCGCUGUGUGUGUGUGGGCCACAUGCUCCAAGGAGAGGUACUCAGUAUGACCGGUGUCCCCGUGAUGGGGGCCAGGAUAGCGCUGGCCAGCCGACCCAAGAUCAUCCGUACCCGCACUGACGACAAAGGCCUCUUCAGGCUCCCAGGGGUCUGUUCCAGUUCCCCCAGCCAGCUCUACAUCAGGAAGGAGAAGUUUGCCCCGGCCACUGCAUCCACCUCCAGCAACAGCAGUGGGUCAUCCUGGGUACGGGCAGUCCUAAAGUACGCAGAGAAGCCAUACAUUGUAAAGCACCCAGAGGACAAAGUGCGCUAUGAGGGACAGCGUGUGAUGUUAUGCUGCAAGGCAGCAGGGGAGCCCAUGCCAGACAAAUACUACUGGUAUCACAAUAGGACCCUAUUGGACCGGAACGUGUUCAAAUAUGAAGAGGAUCUGGUGCUGAGAGACCUGAAGCCUGAGCAGACAGGACAUUACUACUGUAAAGCCAGCAGCCAGACAGGAAGCAUCAAGUCCUCACAGGCAUUCCUCAGCGUUAUCGCUAAAGGCAUGCCGGCAUGCAACCCCACACCUAAGAACCACCUCAUUAGGCUGCCCAUGGACUGUGUUCAGCCUGGGACUGACUCUAAGCUCUACAACGCUGGCCGCUGCACCUACAACAAGUGUGUAGGCUCCCUGGACUUCGACCUGCGCUGCAGGGAUGGAGGUGGUUACUGCUGCGGGGUCCAGAAGAUGGAGAGCCGGGUGAUCAACUGUGGGAGCUACAGCCUACCCAUCAAAGCUGUGACUGAGUGUGGCUGCCUGAAGUGUGUGGUGCCCAAGGUGCUUGUGCGUGGCAGGGUGGUCACAGUUGACAACGAUGAACCACUGCGUUUCGGGCACAUGUAUGUUGGCAAGGAGAGAGUGGGCACCACAGGGUACAAAGGAGGUUUCACGCUCAAUAUAACUCCAGACACAGAGAGGCUAGUGGUCAACUUUGUGGAUCCCACAGAAAAAUUCAUUGACACUCCUAAGGUGUUUAUCUUUGACAAGAGAGGGGGCUCUGUUUACCAUGACGUGAAGGUGAUGAGAAAGCAGGAACCUAUUGAUAUCAAUGCUGGAGAGACAAAUACCAUUGACUUAGGAGAAAUCAAAGGAGAGGACUCCAUUGGACAGAUUGUCAUACCUCCAAAUUCUUUCCACAAAAAAAAUGGGGAGGUGUACGAAGGUACGGUGAAAGCCAGUGUCACCUUCAUUGACCCCAGGAACAUCACCACAGCUGCUGCAGCGCCUGGUGAUCUCAACUUUGUGGACGAUGAGGGUGACAUGCUUCCACUGAGGACAUAUGGGAUGUUUUCCGUUGACUUCAGAGAUGAUACGAACCAGGAAGUCCUAGGGGCUGGAGCGGUCCAAGUACUCCUAGACACGCAGCACGUCAAAAUGCAAGAACACAUUCCCAAAAUGAAACUGUGGUCCCUCAACCCAGACACAGGUGUCUGGGAGGAAGAGAGUGACUUUCACUACACUCAGACCACAUCUGGUGGUAAUGGACGGCGCAAGCGAGAGGAGCGCACUUUCCUCAUAGGUAAUAUGGAAAUCAGGGAGCGUCGACUUUUCAACCUGGAUGUGCCUGAGAACCGCCGCUGCUACGUCAAAGUGAGGACAUACAUGAGUGACAAAUUCCUGGCCACUGAGCAGUUGGAAGGUGUGGUCAUCAGCCUGAUAAACUUGGAGCCCAAGCCUGGCUUUUCCUCUAACCCCAGAGCAUGGGGUCGCUUUGACAGUGUGAUAACUGGACACAACGGAGCCUGCCUGCCAGCCUUCUGUGAUGCUCAGGUGCCUGAUGCUUACACAGCUUACGUCACAGGCAUUAUGGGUGGUGAAGAACUGGAAGCAGCUCCCUCAACCCCCAAGAUGAACCCAAACAUCAUUGGAGUGUCUCAGCCAUAUUUAGACAAGAUAGACUACCAGCGUUCAGACCACAAUGAUCCAGCUCUUAAGAAAACAGCCUUCAGAAUCAACUUGGCAAAACCCAACCCCAAUAAUUUGGAAGAGACCAACGGGCCAAUAUACCCCUACCAGAGUUUAAUAUCCUGUGAAAAUGCUGAAGUCAAUGCCAACCAUUUCCGAUUCUUCAGAGUGGAAAAGGACAAAUAUGAAUAUAACGUUGUGCCCUUUCAAGAGAACGACUUAACAUCGUGGACAGGUGACUACCUCUCUUGGUGGCCCAACCCUCAAGAGUUCAGGGCUUGCUUCAUCAAGGUCAAGAUCCAGGGACAAAGGGAGGUUAUGAUAAGGUCACAGAACCAUGGAGGCACCCACCCUGAGACUGCAGGCCAGCUGUACGGCAUCAGAGACAUCCGCAGUACCCGCGACAUGCACGUGGCCAACAUCUCAGCAGCUUGCCUCGAGUUCAAGUGCAGUGGUAUGCUCUUCGACCAAGCCACAGUCGAUAGGUCCCUCAUAUCAGUCCUCCCACAGGGCAACUGUCGGAGAGUGGGCAUCAACAGCCUCUUAAAGGAGUAUCUGACCAAGCACCCCCCUACCUCACCGAACAACGAGUCCCAUGCCUUCAACAUGCUGGCCCCAGUCGACCCCUUGGGGCACAACUAUGGCAUCUACACAGUCACGGACCAGAACCCAAGGGUGGCAAAAGAGAUCGCCAUUGGACGCUGUUUUGACGGUACCUCUGACGGCUUCUCCAGAGAGAUGAAGUCAGACACUGGGGUUGCUCUGACCUUCAGCUGCCCAGAAAGGACUUUAACCAGGGAGAGUCUCUUCCAACGCCUCCAGACAAACCCCGGCCAGACCCUGUCUCAGAUGGCAAGGGACAUGAGGGAGGCGCAGGGGCUGCAGGUCCGAGGAAGGUCCUCCCGGGUAGUGACCUACCCCUCUGAAUCCACGAGCCGCAGAUCCAGCUCCUCUAGCAGGAGGAGAUCUAUGAUGCGGACACAGGACCGGCAGUAGAUCUGCCGUUAAUAAGUCUUUGGGUUAGAAAUGAAGAUGACGUACUCUCACAAACAAAAGAAGGAAAUGUCAAGUUGUGUCAGCCUGGUGAUGUUGGAUGUGAACUUUCUCUGAACACAGUACGGUAAUCUAUUGAAGCAUUAACUUCUCCAGCAAAACCACACAGGAGAGAGAAAUUAAGACUUUUUUUCUCUGAAACUUACUGGAAGGUUUUGGCAAUACAUAUCAGUAUUCAUUGUAUUCCUUGAGAAGAAAUACAUUUCUUUAGCUUUCAUCAGUCCAGUAAAGCAAAGGGUAUUUAUUUAAUUGGCAUUAAUAGGAUUUUAAGAAGGAAACCAAUUUCCGAGGAAUAUUUGGAUUUAUCGCGCUCCACAUUAACCAUCGUUAACCAACCGUCUUUUCUGAUAUCUCUGAUCGCUUGAGUUAUAACCAACUGCAACUGUAAACGCCAAUCAAAAUGCUAAACACUUCAUAAUCGAUCAACACUUUCCAUUGCACUCAUGAGUCCCUCAAGAUCAAAGGAACAUGAGGUCCUAGUGAUCUAGUUUGUUUGUAACAGACAGUGGGCCCCUUUUCUAGAAACCGGGAAGUCUUUGCUGCCAAAAAGAGGCAUUAUUUAAGAAGAUGCAAUGAGGUGCAAGGAGUUAUCGAGUUUGUGGAACAGAGGACGCUUCUUAGUGCACUUGUUUCUAGCGUUUUUCUCUCCAAAUAAGCAUGUCACUUUGCCAACUGAGAUCCAGACCUUUUCUCUAACCUGAAUCCAACAUGUACCGGGCCCCAGCCAACACAAGCAUCCCUUAUCAAAACGCAUCUCAGCAGUUGACUGAACAGAGCCUGCGGUAGGGGACCUGAGAGAGAGAGGAUAUUGUGGGGGAUGGCACAAUUCCCUUCAGUCCUCAGUUCCCACAAAGUCCCCAAGUACUCAUCCAACACACCUCUCUGUCUGUUCUUCAACAUCCCCCCCAACAUUACUGUCAGGAAUGUAAAAAACUAAAACAAAUCGACAUCAGAGAAGAAACCCUAUUUAUACAUUGCAGAUAAUUAGCUGGGCUAGUUCCAAGACUAAAUUGACUGUAUUGUUGUUAAAUGUGGGAGUGUCUGUCUUUGUCUCAUCAAGUGCAAUAGCUAUGUUCUAUUUUGACCUAAGAGCCCUUGCAAAUCAUCACGUGACAAGCCAAUUAUAUACUGCACCAGGUACUGCUGGUAAAUAGGGUGAAUCCUUCAGUAGGUUUGGUUAUGGUAUACCGAGUGUAUUUGUAAGUGAGCUUGUACAGGAUUCAAUUGCUUUUUGAAUUACAGUGUAUAACAAUCACUUAAAUGUUACGUCAUCAUUUUACACUGUCAGUGCCACAUAUAUUUCUGAUAUUUCUGCAAUCUGCUCCCAUUAUAAUGUUUUCAUAUCUUUCUGCAUGACGCAUUAACUUUUAGCAAGAAGUGUACAAUCAUAUUUUCAGUUUAGAGAACGCAGUCCCUUUCCAGAGGGACACAUUUAUCUCAACGGUACUAUUUCCCCAUAGCUACUAAACAACAACUUAUUAUUAAUAUAGUUAACUUGCAGACAGGCCUCUGAUUAUUACAGGACCAAUUCCACAAAUUUGUUUCCCUAAGGGAAAAUAGGCUCUGGGAGAAUUAAGUUUUAUUUAAACAGUCCUUCAGUAGAACCAAUUAUGAACAUGCCAUCUUUCUACCCAUCAAUGAGUAUGAGUUUUAGAGGUUCUCCAGUGCUUGGGCAUUAGAGUGGCAAGUGGGAAGACAUUCAAAGAGGCCCAUUUAAUUGGAUUCAGUAAUUGGAGGAAAGUUCCCCAUUGAUAGUAGGUCCAAACUUGUUUAUCUAUGUAGUGGGUGGCUGUGGGUCCCUUCAGACUGCUGGAAAGCUCCUAGAGCUGAACUAAUCCAAACCCAAAUGAGUGCCUGUAGAACACGAAGGAAACAAACAUGGCUGGCUCGUAGUUAUCAGCCCAGCUGUUAAUUAGGAAAUACAUUACAUAUACACUUGGGGUUACUUUGAAGGGUUUAACCGAGACUGUCACAAACAACCAAACAAGUUGAUAUCCAGACAGCAUGUGGAUAUAAUUUAGGCACAAGAGAGGUCUGUGGUCGAGUAUGUUCAACAUUUAAACGACCAUACCUUUAAAUUGGCUCCAUUUUUUUGUUUUCUUAAAGGUCAGUCAGCCAAACCUCAGGGAACGAAGUGCAUUGAAACCGUUGCAGUUUAUUCUACAGUUUAUUCUGCAGUUUAUUGUACAGUUUAUUGUGCAGUUUAUUGUACAGUUUAUUGUGCAGUUUAUUGUACAGUUUAUUGUACAGUUUAUUGUAUAGUUUAUUGUACAGUUUAUUCUGCAGUUUAUUGUACAGUUUAUUGUACAGUUUAUUGUGCAGUUUAUUGUACAGUUUAUUGUACAGUUUAUUGUACAAAAAAAGGGGUUUAGAUGUUUCACACAACCUGAAACUAGCAACAGCCCAAAAAAUAUCUUAGAAAAUAGAUACUCGGGAUCAAAUAGAUUUAACAAGUAUAUUGUACAGUGCCUCUAGAAAGCGUUACGUGGAAAUUAUCAUUUAUGGCCCUCUAGUCAUUAUCAAUGACCUCUACCAUCAUGGGCAUGUUAAACCCUCUUAGAAUGGACAGUCCAGCAGUUCAUUAAAAUAAACCAAUCAGCUUAUUUGGAGCAGAUUGUUGCAUCCAGGCUACGAGUAAGAUGAUGGUAAUUGGGUCCACGUGUAGAAAAGAUAACUCUCAUUAACCACAGUAGGGUGUGAGGUGAGAGAGAGGGGCCACAGCAACAACUGUUCAACAACUGGAGGACUUGCAACACCAAAGAGGAGUCGCUUCUGGAGUCACUUGUGGGAGAAGGGUGAGAUUAUCUUGUGAUCGAUUUGAAUAAUUACAGAGAGCUGUUGUAGAGAAAAAGGGGGGAAAGGUGGUCUUUGGCCUCGCUGUCCAUCACUUAUCUGAAGCUGUAGUUGUCACUUCUGGAAGUAGUCUGUUUAAAGGUAACGUGCUCUGAUAAGUUGACUGGUAGAUGAUUCAUGAAGAGGCUUUGAGGGAGGUUGAGAGACAGAGUAAGUAUAAUUGCCAAUGUUACAUAACACAUUGUGUGAGAAAUAGUAAGGACUAUCCGAACAGUCUCUAAUCAGUUUCCAGUUUCCUGAUGCAUUAGCUUUAAGAGGAGAGAGGAAUGGAAGAGAGUUUCCUAUUCAAAUGUAGAAACAUGGCGAUGUUGUGGAAGAAAAACCUCAAACAGAAAACAGAUUGCAAAGAUCUCCUUUUAAUACAGAAGAAAUAGUCAAAUGACAUGAUCCCCUCGAUUCCAGACACAGUUUCAGGUUCUAAAAAUUCCCAGACAGGUUCGUGCUUCACAUUUCACAUAAUAAGUGAUAAAUGACAAUUUAAAAAUGUUCACUUAGUUUUCGCUACUUCUCCAUGGUAAUUCAACAGUCUCGUAUUCCCACUUGUCCUGUAGAAUGUUGAGGUACUAGUGCUUGUAGACUGACUGACACUAUACAGCCCUGCCUUGGCUUCAGGUUGAUUUCUGAGUGUGCCUGUGCCACCAGCAUGAGUACAUGCAUCUGUCCUCUCCUGUACAGUCUGGCUGCUCUCAGGGAGACUGUAACUUAUUCAGGAAUAUCCUCUGGCGAAGCGAGCGUUGGAUCUUUCCAUAUUGUCUGACCUAUUAAGAGAGACUUGUAUGGUUGCCACUGUGCUCUGGAAGAUGUCUUGGGGACCCAUAAACGCAUUAUAUAAAUCCAUUUCUGAGAAUUCUCUGUUUAAUCAUUACAUGACAUGUACUGCAUGGCGUUGCCCAUUUGUCUUUCUUUUUCAUGUGUAAAUUGUGUAUUGUAUGGAAUUUACUAAAUGUAUAAGGAAUUGUAAAUAAACCUUUGCUGUAAAAUUUC